GGCGAAUUCUUGAGAGUGCCUCGUGUUUUCAAAUAUUACCCUGGGUCGAUUUCGAUUGCAUAAUUUUGAUGAUUUAUCAAAACUUUGAUCAUUGAUAAUGUUGUUGUGAAGCAAUUUAUUUCAAAUGGAAAUACAGUUAUGCAACAAAGCAAUUGUUCUGAUUGAAACAACACAUUCGUUCGCAUUCUUGAUGUGGAUUAUAACCAACCAUGUUACAAGUUGUAUUCGGAGUAACUUCGUUAAUUAUCAUCACUCAGGGUGCAAAUGUGACACAAAUCAGUGAUUUAGAACAAGCUUUUAGAAAGUCACAUAUCAUUCCCAAGCAGUUGACGAAAUCACCUAAUGAGACAUUAUGGAUACGAUACAAAAGCGACCUACCAAUAAAAACUGGACAAACGUACAGCACAGAAAGUAUCAAAGGCGUUCCACGCGUUUUAUGGCAUUGUGACCGUCCUCCAGUAUAUUAUACCCUUGUAUGUAUCGGAUUGAACGAAUGGCAACUUUACGACAAAAAACCAACAUCAACUCCAGCACCGAUUCCAUCACCUGACCUUAUUAAAUGGCUCGUGGUCAAUAUACCUCAAAAUGACUACAGGGAAGGGGCAGUUAUACACCCUUAUAAGCACCCUACUCCUGUAUUAGGUUAUGAUAAACUGCUGUAUUUAUUUCUGGUGUACAAACAAGACAAAGGAAUAAACGCCUACGAUUACCGAUUUUUAGAAAACACCAACAUGAAACAAUUUGGACCCGAUAAGAAACAAGAUUUUCCUCACUUAAGGGAAUUAGAAAAAUUUUACCAAAUUUAUAACAUAGUAGCUGCCAAUUUUUUUUGGUACCGGUUCACCAAAGACGAGAUAUCAGAUUUCUUGGAUCCUUACUACUCUUCUUAUUAACUGUAUCCCUCAUCUAUCGAUUUAUUUGCAGUAUUUCUUUGUGUAUAUUAAAUUAUUAAAUGUUGUUUUUCGUA